GACCAGACCAGACCAGCCAGGCAAGGAAGGGAAGCCUUACAUGCACACCACCACCACCAAUAAAUACCUGCUCACGGUAAUUGUGGUUUCAGGAUUUCUGUAUGAUGUGCUUUUGUAUUAUGUGGUGUGUAGUGUGUGGUGUCAAUAUAGCAGCAGACAAAAGAGGCGUGGGACCCAACGAACCUCAGUAGUAUACACGGGCGUCCGUCCGUCUACAAGCGCGCGUCACAUCGUCAUCCAUCCAUAUACCCAUCAUCCAUCAACACCCACCUCGCUCUCCGAUUCCACAACAACAACCAUAAGACGACACACGAUCCAUUCACAGCCAGGCACCCAGCACCCAGCACCCAGCAGCCACGCCAAUGCCAAAAACACGUCGAUGAUCAUCCUCCCGCAGCACAGCAAGCUUGGGCUCCACCCACCUCACCGACUGACUGACUGAUGACUGCCCCCCUAUCCCGACCUGUCCUAUCGUGCAUCGCGGAAUGCCAUAAACCUUGAUUCCCGCUCAACUGGCUGCAUCUGCAUGUAGGUAGGUAGGCAGGUAGGGUAUGUGCG